AUGGCAAGUAAGAGAAGAUUUAAAAAUACACCGUUGAUUGAUAAUACUUUAGUCGGGGAAUCAUCUAACAGAUUACUUGCUAAAGAAAGAAGAAAAAUGCGGAAGCUCUAUCUUGAUAGCAAACGUUCGAAUUCAAAGAAACAAACUACUGGUCCUGUUAGUAGAGGACGCUCAAAAGUCAAUAAUCGGUCUCAGGUCAUCGACAAAGAGAAUUAUAAUUCAAAUAUUUCUUCAUCAUCUAAUAAUUUUCACACCGUGCGGAACUUGAAAUAUGUAAACACAUCAGCAUCAUCAAGUACCAUCACGACAAGUGGUCUUCCUUUGAAUAACGAAUUUACCACUUCUACAAGUACUCGGUUUUCUAUUGAGUCAAACAUUGUUACACAAAGCAGUAACUCCAUUGGUCAAUCUUCUUCAACGUUAACAAAGUUGAAUUCCGGUAAACAAAAGCUUUUACCUAAGAAACGCCGUAUUGAUCCUAUUCCAAUGUUAGAUCUUACGUCUGAUGAUGAGAAUGUAGUGUUUGCACCCAUCCAAGACCCUUGUAAGGGUGUAUCAACAGAAUAUUUGGAUCACGGUAAUCAAAGCCUUAAAUGUGAGAUGUGUGAUUCAUUGUUAUGGACUGACGAAGGUGGUAAAGGGAGAAUUACAUUGGGUAAGUUAACCUAUAGCUUAUGUUGUGGUUAUGGAAAAGUGGAGCUUCCGGAUUUGAAAGAGCCUUCUUCAAUAUACAAGGAUCUAUUUGCAAAUUCUAAUGAAAACAGCAAGUAUUUUCUAAAGAAUAUCCGUCGAUAUAAUUCUAUGUUCGCAUUCACAUCCAUGGGUGGAAAAGUAGAUUCAAGCAUCAAUAGUGGGAGGGCACCUUAUGUAUUCCGUAUAAGUGGACAGAAUUUUCAUACAUUAGGUGGUUUGGUACCUGCACCUGGAAAACAGCCAAAGUUCUCCCAGCUUUAUAUUUAUGACACUGAGAAUGAAGUUUCAAAUAGAAAUAAGUUGUUCAGUGACUCCACAAAUAAGUCCGACUUGCAUUUAAAGCAAAUAGAUCUUCAUCUCAUAAAGUUUUUAAAAGACUUCCUGGAUAAUAAUAAUCAGUUGGUUAAAAGUUACAGAAUAGCACGAAACCACUUCACUGAUAAUCCUAAUGAGAACUUCAAACUUCGUAUCAUUUACAAAAGAGAUCUUGAUGGUCGUACUUACAACUUGCCUUCAUCUUCUGAAGUUGCUGCAUUGAUUGUUGGUGGUAUCCAAGAAAUAGUUGACCAUCGUGAUAUUGUUGUUGAGUCUCACACUGAAGGUCUUCAACGAAUAAGUGAACUUCAUCCAUCAUAUCUUGCACUUCAGUAUCCAAUUCUUUUUCCCAAUGGUGAUGACGGAUAUAGAAUAGACAUUCCUCAUAGGGAUGGUAUAAGUACUUUAAAGAAAAUUAGUCCCAAGUGUACAAUGAGAGAAUUCUUUGCUUAUAGAAUCCAAGAUCGAUCAACUUCAUUUUCGGUAAUAUUAAAUGCCCGCAGAUUGUUCCAGCAAUUUUUGGUUGAUGCAUAUACCAUGAUCGAGAGUGAAAGACUUAAUUAUAUCCGUUUUCAACAAAAACAUCUUAGGUCUGAAUCAUACACAAAUCUUCAGAAAUUUAAGAAUGAAGGAAAAGAGGAUCUAUCUAACACUGGGGUACGGUUAGUACUACCAUCAUCUUUUACUGGAGGAUCUCGAUAUAUGCAGCAAAAUUAUCUAGAUGCUAUGGCUAUUUGCAAAUGGUUCGGGUAUCCUGAUUUUUUCAUUACGGUGACAUGUAAUCCUAAGUGGCCAGAGAUUAUCCGAUACCUUCGAAAUACUUCUAUUAAGCAAGAGGACAGACCAGAUAUUAUGUGUCGUUUGUUUAAGAUGAAACUGGAUUCAAUUAUAAAGGAUUUGAAAGACAAGAAAGUGCUUGGAGCACUAAGUGCAGCGGUUUAUACUGUUGAAUUUCAAAAACGUGGGUUGCCACAUGCUCACAUUUGUAUUUUUUUGAAACCUGAAUCCAAGCUUCUCUCCGUUGAUCACAUAGACAAAUUCAUAUCUGCUGAGAUACCAAAUAAGAUUCAAGAUCCCGCUCUUUAUGCUCUUGUAUCCGAGUUUAUGAUUCAUGGCCCAUGUGGAAAUGCAAAUCCCAAGUGUCCUUGUAUGGUUGAUAAUAGAUGUUCAAAAAAAUUUCCAAAAAAAUUCAUUAAUGAAACAAUUACCGAUGCUGAAGGUUUCCCUGUAUACAGAAGAAGAGAUAAUGGAAACACCAUUAUCAAGUCCAAAGUUCAAUUGGACAACAGAAGUGUCGUUCCAUAUAAUCCGCUUCUUUUGAAAAGAUACCAAGCUCACAUUAAUGUAGAAUGGUGCAAUCAAGCGGGUUCUAUCAAAUAUUUGUUUAAAUACAUUAAUAAAGGUCCAGACAAAGCAUCGCUUGUGGUGUCAAAUGGAGACGGUACAGAAAACGAAAAAACAUCAAAGGAUGAGAUAAAAGCUUAUUAUGAUUGUAGGUACGUUUCCGCUUGUGAAGCUUCUUGGAGAAUAUUUGCAAAUGAAGUUCACUAUAGGUUUCCUCCAGUUAUGAGGCUUCCUUUUCAUAUGGAAGGUCAACAAAAUGUUGUUUUUGGUGCCGAAGAUGAUAUUGAAGAAGUGUUGGACAAGCCAUCAGUCUCUUCAUCAAUUUUUUUAAAGUGGAUGGAGAUGAACAUAAAUAAUGAGGAAGCACGGAAGCUUACAUAUGUUGAGUUUCCUACAAAAUUCUGUUGGAAACUAAAGGAUAGAAAUUGGGCAGAACGUAAAAAAAAAUUAUUACAGAUUGGACGCAUUCAUUCUGUUUCCCCUGCUUUGGGUGAACCAUAUUUUCUUAGAAUUCUUUUAAACAAAGUCAAAGGACCAAGAUCCUUUGAAGAAAUUAGAACUGUUGAUGGCCAAUUGUUUCCAACCUUCAGGGAUGCAUGUUAUGCAAUGGGUUUGUUAGACGAUGACAUGGAAUACAUCGAAGCUAUUAAAGAAGCCAGUUUUACGGGAGAUGGUCGGUAUAUUCGUGCAUUGUUUGUCACUUUGCUGUUGUCAAACACAUUAUCAAGACCUGAAUUUGUUUUCGAACAAACAUGGAAAUACUUGGGGAUGACAUUUUAUAUAAAACGAGAAAAGAAACAAAGAACAAAGAUCUUGUAA